AUGGUCCUGUUUCUCUUUGUGAUUAUGCUCCUGAACUUGGGUACACUCUCGGUGAAAGGGGCUAUUGGGGGGAAACUCAAGGGAUUCGCUAUUAUUUUAGGCAUCCUCCUUGCCGCCGAAGGCAUCUAUAUCGCAGUGAAUGCGCCCAACAACACCGCAGUGGCAUCGGCAGAGCCUGCGACCGGAGCGAUAACGACAACUACUUAUGACAUUGGUGAACUCCUGUUCACCAAGUACCUCCUACCGUUUGAGGUUACCUCGCUUAUUUUGUUGGCGGCGUUGAUUGGCGUUAUCGUCUUGGUAAAACGCGAUGCUCAAGAAGAAAACUAA